AUGAGCCGAAGCCUAGCAGCGCUCACGUGCCCGGUGCUCGUGCUGGUCGUGCUCCUGUGCGAGGCCAGGGAGAUGUCCCGGGGAACCGCUGGCAGGAGAUCGCAGCACCUGCGGGAAAACGAGCUUCGCAGUCAAGAGCAGGGGCUUCCCUGGUCUCACGAAUACUCUCUCAACGACGGUCCUUCGCCUCUCGCCUCCUCCCCCCACGUCGUAAGGCACAGGCGGACGCAGCCGCACGCCUUCGACACUUUCCACACGCCGCCUCUUCCUUCGUCCUCGUCCUCCAACUCGCCCUUCUCCUCGUUUUCCUUCAACGCCAGCAGCAGGGAAGACUACAGUCUGGAGGAGAAAUGUAGUCACGAGCAGUUCAGAGACACGGUGAAGAAGCAGAAGGAUUAUAUCGACAACUACCUGACGCAGAGUUACAACGAUUCGCGAGAAAAUAUUACUAUCGGGUUCCUGUCUUCCUUCACUUACAACAAGCUGGCCCUGGGCGCCCUCCCUCUAGCGGUCGAAGACGUAAACAACGACCGCAACCUCCUGCCGGGAAAACGCCUCGUGUUCGAAGUCGCCGACGUCGGGAACAGCAACCUGGAGGCGCUGGCGGCGUUGUCCAUCCGGCGCAUGACGACCAUGAGGGACAAGGGCCACCUGGUGUUCAUUGGGCCCGACGACAACUGCGCCAACGAGGCCCUGGUGGCGGCGGCGUGGAACCUGCCCAUGAUCACCUACAAGUGUGCCGACAAGCGCGUGAGUAACAAGACCAAGUACUACACCUUCGCCAGGACGAUGCCGCCCUCGACCAAGAUCGUGAAGGCUCUCGUGUCCCUCCUGAAGGUGUACUCCUGGCGGCAGUUCGUCCUCUUGACGGAGCACACGAGGAACUACCAGCAGAUUAAGGAAGCUGUUAAGAGUUUCGCCGACCACCACAUGAUGAACAUAACGCGAGAGUUGAGUGUCCCUUACGACUACACAACCAGCGGCUACCACACCAUUCAGGGCUUCGUGAGGGGAACCAUCCGCUCGACACGAAUCUACGUGCUGGUGGCGUCGUACGAGGUGCAGUGGGACUUCGUGCUGGCGCUGCGGGAGGAGGCCGGCGACCACCUGGCCGAGUACGCCAUCGUCACCAUCGACGACGACAAGUACAACGGCGGGAGCGAGACCCAGGUCGUGCGAGUGCCCGGGAAAGACAAGGAAAUGCUGAACAUGUCGAAGGAAACAGCUGAUCGCCUUUACCACGGCUUCCGGGCGGUCGUCAAAAUCACGCCCGCUUUCCCGACCAACAAGAAGUAUAGAGCCUUCGAGAAAAAGGUGUUGAAUCGCAUCAAGCAGUACCCUUUUUGUGUUCCUUAUAACCCUGGGAUUUUCCCCUUUAUCGAGGUGCCAAUCUCCGCAGCACACCUGUACGACGCAGUAAUGAUGUACGCUAAAGUAUUACAUGAGACUUUAGCCAACCCUUAUGCUGACCCUGCAAAUGGCACCCACAUUCUCUCGCUCAUUAAGAAUCGGUCCUUUCCCUCUAUUCAGGGUUUUAAGCUCCACAUGGAUGAAAACGCGGACGCUGAAGGUUCCUAUUCCCUGCUGGCCAUCCGUCAGCUGAUCUCAAACCAAACCCCGCCGAUGGGAUGGCAUAAGGUCGGCCACUUCCACUUCCACGACCACAGGACAGGGACGCACGACAUGGACAACCUGCCGACGCUGGUGAUGAACGACACCAUUCUCUGGCUGGGCAACGGACCCCCCCUCGACGCCCCUAAAUGCGGCUUCGCUUCCGAGAAAUGUGGGACAGACUGGUCCAGCAUCCUCGGCGGCGGCGUGGUCCUUAUGCUGGUGAUGGUGGCUGCUCUGUUCCUCUGCAGGCACUACCGGUACGAGCAGCGUCUGGCAUGUCUCCUGUGGAAGAUUGACAUGCGCGAAGUGACCAUUCUCAACGACCCAGCCAAGGUGCCCUCCCAUGCGCCUGCUAACAACAAUACGAACGUGUUGUGGGGGGGAGUGGACGGCCCCCUGGAAGUCCCCCGGGUGUCCUACUGCAAGAUGGGUGUGUACAAGAACAACAUCGUCGCCGUCAAGCCAGUGAAGAAGCGGAAUGUCGACCUGACGAGGAGCAUCCGGAAGGAACUGCAGCAGAUGCGCGAAGUCCGUCACGAAAACCUCCUUCCUUUUAUCGGUGCCUCGGUGGACACAGGAGCCGUCUGCGUCCUCACCGCCUACUGCACCAGAGGAUCUCUCGAGGACGUCCUUGCCAAUGAUGACUUCCUUCUGGAUAAUAUGUUUGUGGCUUCCCUGGUCGCUGAUCUUAUCAAGGGCAUGAUGUUCCUGCACGACAGCGAGAUCGUGUCUCACGGAAACCUUCGCUCCGGCAACUGCCUGAUCGACUCCCGCUGGGUGCUGAUGGUGGCUGACUUCGGCCUCCACGAGUUCAAGGCUUCGCCUGAGGUUGUGGUCGAAGCCCGCAAGAGGUUGUGGACGGCUCCUGAGCUUCUCCGUAGAGGGGCGUCGCUCCCCCGGGGUACGCAGAAGGGGGACGUCUUCUCCUUCGGCAUUAUUCUCUACGAAGUGAUGGGGAGGAAGGGCCCCUGGGGAGACUACAUGGACAAGUUCACCGUGCAAGACAUCCUUUCGAAGCUCCGAGAGUGCUGUGAGCCUCCGCUGCGCCCUCCGCUGGACACCCUCAAGGCUCCUGAGUACGUCCACCGGUGCCUGAGGGAGUGCUGGGUCGAGGAACCCGACGAAAGGCCCGACUUCAAGCUCAUUCAGAUGCGCCUGAAGGAAAUGCAGGCAGGGCUGAAACUCAACAUUGUCGACAACAUGCUGGCGAUGAUGGAGAAAUACGCGUAUAAUCUGGAAGGCAAAGUGCAGGAAAGAACAAAACAGCUGAUGGAAGAGAAGAAGAAAACGGAGAUUUUGCUGUUGAGGAUGCUGCCCAAGUCAGUCGCAGAGUCCCUGAAGCGAGGAGAGAAGGUACACCCGGAAAGCUACGAUAAUGUUACGAUUUACUUCAGUGAUAUCGUUGGCUUCACCUCGCUGUCCGCUACGUCGACGCCUCUGCAGAUGGUCGAUAUGCUGAACGACUUGUACACCUGUUUCGACGCCAUAAUCGGUGACUACGACGUGUACAAGGUGGAGACCAUAGGGGACGCGUACAUGGUGGUGUCUGGCCUCCCCAUCUGCAACGGCGACAGGCACGCUGGGGAGAUCGCGUCCAUGGCACUCAAACUCCUCGACGCAGCCAGGACGUUCACCAUCAGGCACCGCCCUUCGGAUACGCUUAAGCUGAGGAUCGGGAUUCAUUCGGGACCCUGUGUGGCAGGCGUCGUCGGCCUCACAAUGCCAAGAUACUGCCUCUUCGGCGACACAGUGAACACGGCGUCGCGAAUGGAGUCUACGGGAGAGCAACUGAGGAUUCACAUUUCUGACGCCAAUAAACUGAUGCUGGAGAAGAUUGGCGGAUAUCUAGUCGAGAAGCGCGGACUCACUUACGUCAAGGGCAAGGGCCAGAUGAUGACGUGGUGGCUGGUGGGCGUCCAGCGGCCGGACGCGAGGAACCCAGACGCCCCCAGAGACAGCCAAGCCACGCCGACCCCCACGCCCGCCGACGAGCCUCAUUCGAGCUCCGCCCACACGCCCACCUCCAACUCCCAGCCCUCGUCUCUUGCUCAAAGUGCUGCCGUCUCGUCCGUGUAUCCCUCCAGCCGCAGUCUUGUGGGGUAUGGCAUGCCCCCUCCUGCGGCCACCCUCUCGGCCUCGAGCCACGACAAUCUCGCUUCCCUCGGCGGCGGGCGCGGUCUGGGGAACGGCUCGCCUGUCUUCACUCACUCCGAACUCCGAACAAACUCAUCCUCCUUUACUCACGAUGUCGAGGUGACUCAUAACCCUACCAUCAAUCCAAGACCCGAACUCACCCACUCACCCACUUUUACUCACGAUACCGAAGUGACACACAAAUCAGCCAUUAAUCAAACACUCGAAGCCACAAACUCAUCCCCAUUUACUCAGAACAUGGAGGUGACUCACACUCCUGCUCUCGUCCACUGCUCCUCUCGGCCUCACACGCCCUCACGCGCCACGCAAAGUUCUCCCAACGGGCCUCUCCCCGCUUCGAGACCGAGAGAAACUGACGGGGAAUCUUCGCUCUCUUCUGACGCUCAUGCUGGCGGCGGUGGAAACUGGGCAGCACCAGAGAUCCCAACAGCUGAUCACAGACUCCCUUUGUUCAACAUCGCUGUCGAUAUCUCUUCUGUUCAAAAUUCCCACGACGCGAAGCCUGUUCAAACAUCUCCUUGUAAAGCAGACCGUGCUUGGGAGGACAAGCAGAAGGAGAGGAUGCAAGCAGAGUCAAGCCGCCCUCGGCAUCCGGAAAUAGCGAUGGUUCCCCCACAGCCAAAGCACACGACGCUGACUGUCGACUCACCCGCUGUUCCUUCCUUGAGCAGUGACGUCAUCCAGGACCUACGCAACGGAUCAGCUGUGGCUCUGCAUUACCAGCCGGCGCCGAUCGUACCCAACAAGCAUGACGCGAGGAAGAAUUUCGUCUGAUACUUCGAAAACAGUUUCUUGAUCUCAUAUCACUGCUGUAAAUAGACUCUCAGAUUCUUUGAAAGGGACUAUUUUUGCACAAAAGCGUAUUGUAUUGGGUAGACUUUAGAAUGAACCCGGAAGGAUAGUAUAGGUGUCUGUUUAAAUGAAA